GCGCAUAGCCUUCAGAAACAUCACCAGGUCUGUGCGGCGCGCGAGUGUGCCGCCGCCGCCGCCGAGAUGCUGCCGUCGCUGGCGCGCGCCGGCCGCGCCCCUCUCCGCCGCCUCGUCUCCACCUUCUACUCGCCCCGAGCCCUAUUGCCUCGCGUCCCGUGCGCCAUCAGCAGUGGCGGCGGCGGCGGCGGCGGUAACCUCCCGCUCUACGCUUUCUCCUCGCCGUCCCGCGACAGCGCGUGCGGCCCGGCGCCCGGCGCCCGGAGAGGAAUGAGCUUCCGCACCCGCGCGGUGGACUUUGGCGACGAGACGCCCUCCAGCUCCGCUGCGGCGGGCUCCGACCUCUCAGCGCCUUACCUAUCCGUCCACAUCCGGUGCCGCAGGCAGGACGCGGAAGUGCUCUCCGAGGCGCUCUUGUGCUUCGGUGCUAGCUCUGUGACCGUGGAUGACAUUGAAGAUGCUGGAAAUCUCGAUGAAAUCUCCAUAACCUCCAUGUAUGCUGAUGGGGAAGACGUGGACUCCAGUGUUUCAAGUGCCGCUAGCUCAGCUGGUUUGAACUACAGCCCAGGGUAUGAAACCACUGUUGGGAAGCAAUGCGAUUGGGUGGCAACUGUGCAGGAAGCAUACGAGUCCACUGAAGUGGCUGAUGGUCUUUGGGUUGUUCCUAAAUGGAGAACUCCCCAUGAUCCGCAGGCCACAAAUAUAAUCAUCAAUCCAGGUUUGGCUUUUGGGGCGGGGGAGCACCCGACAACUAAGCUGUGCCUUCUACUUCUACGAGAAGUUAUUAAAGGGGGUGAACAUGUCUUGGAUUACGGGACAGGCACUGGAGUUUUGGGGAUUGCAGCUCUGAAGAUGGGUGCUGUUCUAGCUACUGGGAUAGACAUAGACCCUCAAGCCAUAAUAUCUGCUUCUGAAAACUUGUUACUGAAUGGUUUACGUCCCAACCAAAUGCCUGUUUAUUUGGUACCAACGACUGACCAGCCCUCAUCCUUCCCAAGUUCUGUUGACAAAUCAGAAGAGAACAAAUUAACCAAUAACCAUGACUUGAAGUCUUCAAGGGGAACAUAUGACGUAGUUGCAGCAAACAUACUUCUAAAUCCCUUACUGGAGCUGGUCGAGGACAUAGUUGGUUAUGCAAAACCUGGUGGAAUAGUUGCCAUUUCUGGAAUUUUAGAAGAGCAGGUGCCAAAAGUCAAAGAAGUUUACUCAACGUACUUGGCCAGCAUAUCGGUAUCUGAAAUGGAUGGAUGGGCCUGUCUUCAAGGAACAAGGAGAGUCUAGCGGCAAACUUUUUCUCUGCCGCAGUCAGGGCGUUUGACCAUACAAUUUUCCGACCAUCACGAGAGCUUUUCCUCCAGAAAUCAGAAAUUUUAUCCUAACUUAACUCUUUUUGGUAGGAUUACUUGAAUAUCAUAGAACAAAUGUUCUUGACGAGAAUAGGCUGUCGAGUGUAUGUUCCCCAUACCGGAUUAAAUAUGUUUGAAGUGAUACGAUCUACAUUAGUCCUUGCAUGCUUAACCAUUGUUGAUUUUUACAUUGUAACGACAGCUAUUGAGAUUGUAAGUUUGGUUGCCCCUUCGAUGCUUGAGAAGUCCUAUUUUACUGUAUUUGACUGACUGAUAUAUCAAUUUCUGGGUUUGAGAA